GGAGACUCAUCUCCGAUGUUGGAUAUUUGCUUGGAAAAACGUGUGGGUACGACCUUGGCUGCCCCCAAGUGUAGCUCCAGUGCUGUGAAGUUUCAAGGGUUGGUAGAGAGGACGGAGGGGACCAUGAAAAUGGACAUGGAGGAUGCAGAUAUGACUCUGUGGACAGAAGCCGAGUUUGAAGAGAAGUGUACAUACAUUGUGAACGACCACCCUUGGGAUUCUGGAACCGAUGGAGGGACUUCAGUUCAGGCAGAGGCAUCCUUACCAAGGAAUCUGCUUUUCAAAUAUGCCACAAACAGUAAAGAGGUUAUUGGAGUAGUGAGCAAAGAAUACAUCCCAAAGGGAACACGUUUUGGACCCCUAAUAGGUGAAAUCUAUACCAAUGAUACAGUUCCCAAGAAUGCCAACAGGAAAUACUUUUGGCGGAUCUAUUCCAGAGGGGAACUUCACCACUUCAUUGAUGGCUUUAAUGAGGAGAAAAGCAACUGGAUGCGCUAUGUGAAUCCAGCGCACUCUGCCCGGGAGCAAAACCUGGCUGCAUGUCAGAACGGGAUGAACAUCUACUUCUACACCAUUAAGCCCAUCCCUGCCAACCAGGAACUUCUUGUGUGGUAUUGCCGAGACUUUGCAGAAAGGCUUCACUACCCUUAUCCCGGAGAGCUGACAAUGAUGAAUCUCACACAAACACAGAGCAAUCCAAAGCAACCAAGCACUGAGAAAAAUGAACUCGGCCCAAAGAAUGUCCCGAAGAGAGAGUACAGCGUGAAAGAAAUCCUAAAACUGGACUCCGGCCCCUCCAAAGGAAAGGACUUCUACCGUUCUAACAUUUCACCCCUCGCUUCACAAAAGGACACGGACGACCUUAGAAAAAAUGGGAGCCCGGAAGUGCCCUUCUACCCCCGGAUUGUUUACCCCAUCCGGGCCCCUCUCCCCGAAGACUUUUUGAAAACUUCCCUGGCCUAUGGGAUGGAGAGACCCACCUACAUUACUCACUCCCCCGUCCCCACCUCCACCCCUCCAAGUCCCUCCGCAAGAAGCAGCCCCGACCAAAGCCUGAAGAGCUCCAGCCCUCACAGCAGCCCGGGGGCCACGGCGUCCCCCCUGGCUCCCGGCCCCCACGAGCGCCGGGACUCGUACACCUACCUGAGCGCGCCCUACGGCCCCGAGGGCCUGGGCUCGUACCCCGGCUACGGCCCGCUGCCGCACCUGCCGCCGGCCUUCAUGCCCUCCUACAACGCCCACUACCCCAAGUUCCUCCUGCCGCCCUACGGCAUGAACUGCAACGGCCUGGGCGCCGUGAGCAACCUAAACGGCAUCGGCAACUUCGGCCUCUUCCCCAGGUUGUGCCCGGUCUACAGCAACCUCCUGGGCGGGGGCAACCUGCCCCACCCCAUGCUCAGCCCAGCUUCCCUCCCGAGCUCGCUGCCCUCGGACGGAGCGCGGCGGCUGCUGCAGCCCGAGCAUCCCAGAGAGGUGCUUGUCCCGGCGCCCCGCAGUGCCUUCUCCCUCACCGGGGCAGCCGCCAGCAUGAAGGACAAGACCUGCAGCCCCACCAGCGGGUCUCCCACCGCGGGAACAGCCGCCACGUCGGAACACGUGGCACAACCCAAAGCUACCUCAGCAGUGAUGGCGGCCCCCAGCAGCGACGAAGCCAUGAAUCUCAUCAAAAACAAAAGAAACAUGACCGGCUACAAGACGCUUCCCUACCCGCUGAAGAAGCAGAACGGCAAGAUUAAGUAUGAAUGCAACGUUUGCGCCAAGACCUUCGGCCAGCUCUCAAACCUGAAGGUCCACCUGAGAGUGCACAGUGGAGAACGGCCUUUCAAAUGUCAGACUUGCAACAAGGGCUUUACUCAGCUCGCCCACCUGCAGAAACACUACCUGGUACACACGGGAGAAAAGCCACAUGAAUGCCAGGUCUGCCACAAACGAUUUAGCAGCACCAGUAAUCUCAAGACCCACCUGCGACUCCACUCCGGAGAGAAACCUUACCAAUGUAAGGUGUGCCCUGCCAAGUUCACCCAGUUUGUGCACCUGAAGCUGCACAAGCGUCUACACACCCGGGAGCGGCCCCACAAGUGUGCCCAGUGCCACAAGAGCUACAUCCAUCUCUGCAGCCUCAAGGUCCACCUGAAGGGGAACUGCCCUGUGGCCCCAGCUGCUGGGCUGCCUUUGGAGGACCUGACCCGUAUCAACGAAGAAAUCGAGAAGUUUGACAUCAGCGACAAUGCCGACCGACUUGAGGACAUGGAGGACGACAUCAGUGUGAUCUCUGUGGUGGAGAAAGACAUUCUGGCCGUGGUCAGAAAAGAGAAAGAAGAAACUGGCCUGAAAGCAUCUUUGCAAAGAAACAUGGGGAAUGGACUCCUCUCCUCGGGGUGUAGCCUUUAUGAGUCAUCAGACCUGUCCCUUAUGAAGUUGCCUCAUAGCAACCCACUACCUCUGGUACCUGUAAAGGUCAAACAAGAAACAGUCGAACCAAUGGAUCCUUAA